UGAUUAUUACCAGGUUAUGGUCACGUUGAAUAUAACUAACUAAAGUUCUCAUACUUCGCAGAAACAUCGGAGAAAAAGUUCCAAGGUAUCGACGAAACUACUGCUCCCCUGAAAUUGAUUUCUACAUCACCAUGGUGUUCGGUACACGAGUACUAUUCAGUUGUAGUACACGUCAGUAGAAUACAAUAAUUUACCUUGAGGAACAAUCGGCGUGAGAAUGAAGACAGAUGACCUGGGCUCACCGAAAAUGGCCCCGUCGGGGAAGUUCGACAGCCCGAUUUCCUCGAGGUUGAAGGUGAGCUUGCUGGGGAGGAACCGGAGGAUCGCAGGGAAAAACGUUGCGUCGGUGCUCCUGCAGCAACGGCAGAACCUCCGUAUAAUAGACGAAGACAUGGACGUCACGCCGAAGUUGCUGACCCAUCCGAAGUUCAAUCCGAUCGACGAACGGCAGGUGACUGCGUUGGAAACGAUCGGAUUGAUCCGGGUUGGUAGCACCGGCCAAUUGUCCUCGAGCUCCCUGAUCAGCAGCAGCUUGAAGAGAAGCUCCUCCAUGCUGGUCAGGUCCUCUUCCCUUCCAGCGAGCACGGCGGCAGUGGACACGAUCCAGUUCGAGAGCUUCUGGUCCACCCAGCUGACCGACUCGAGCACCUACGAGAUCGAGGACAAAGCUCCGUCUCAGUUUUACUUGCCUAGCGUCGAUCCGAACAUAUUUCCAUCGCGGCCGGAGACUGUAACGAUCACACUCAAGGAGACGGAGACGUUCUUCAUCUUCGAGAUGCUGCCAUACACCGGUGACCUGCGUACGCCAGAGGGUAUGGCGAUCAAGGAGGAGAACGAGAUGUACGAGUACAAGACGACUGGGCCUGGUUCGAACAGGAAGCUAGUGGACUCCGAGACUCAGACUAUACAGGUGCUCACGAAAUCGCGCGGAACGUACAUUCGUAGAAGCAAACGGAGGAAUCAGGGGACUUUCGUGAACAACUGGGUGAUGCACGACGUCUACGCGGCGCCUGAGCUGAUGACAGAGAAGAACAACCUGCUGAUCGUCCAUACGAGGGAGAGCAUGGAGAAGAUAUGGGAGGAGGAGGAACUAAGAGACAAGUUACCGGCGACGGCAGCGCAGAAGAAAGCCAAGACGCCGGAAGAAGAGCUCGCCGAGAUAUUCCAGAAGGUGAACUUCACGAACGCCGUGCGAGUGAUGGAGCGCAUAAUAUCGAACAACAUCUUCAUCCAAGCGCAGAAGCGCUUCAUCGGCUUGAUCAAGCAAGAUCCUUGCAGUCUGGACCUGGAGUUCACAUACAGCAUGGAUCUGCUCUGGGAGCAUUCCUGUGAGAUGAGCGCCGGAAGACCGGUGUCCUCGUUCCGUUGGAGUUACCUGAACAAGAAUAUUCUGGCGGUAGGCUACGGGGCGCGGGCGAAUUCGGAGACCAAGGACGGGUUGCUGUUGAUCUGGUCAGCGAAGAAUCCCAUGCUACCGGGUCGCUGGUACCCGUUCGACAGCCCCAUAUCGGACCUCGACUGGAGCCGCGACCGGCCGAAUCUGUUGGCCAUUGGAUUCUACGAUGGCAGGAUCAACGUGAUCGACGUGAGCACCACCUACGUCAACGUGAUACGACGAAGCGAGAAGAUCACGUCUCCGUCGAGUUCGCCGCAGUGGCAGGUCCAGUGGUGGGCCGGCGACGAGCACUUCGACUACCAGGAACAAAUCUACUCGUGCGACCAGGACGGCCACGUGUUUUGCUAUCGCUACGUGGAGAACUUCAUGUCGACGACCAUCAUGAAGAUCUUCAGGAUAGAAGGCACGUUGCCGGGCAUAGCAAGAACGUCUCACUGCAUCGUCUACGACAUGGUGAUUAAUCGAAGUCCCGGGGCACUGGUGCUACGCAGGCAUCCCACGAUGAGCGCCAUUUACUUCGUCGGCUCCGACGAGGGCUGCGUGUACAAAUGCUCGACGAAUUAUUUGUAUCAGCACAUCGAGAGCUUCGUGGCACACGACGGGCCCAUGUACUCGAUGACGUUCUCCCCGUUCUGCCCGAAGAUCUUCCUAACCUGCGGCGCCGACUGGUGCACGAGGAUUUGGGCGGAAGGGCUCACGGAGCCGUUGAUCACCCUGUCAACGUCGAUGGCGUGCGUACGGUACGCGGCCUGGUGCCCCACUCAUUCAACGAUCAUCGUGACGAUCGUGAACAACGAGAUCUGCAUUUGGGACAUCAGGAGGAAGAUUCACACGCCCACGUCCGUCACGCUGUCGCCGAGGUCCGGUAGACUGGUGAUGGUCGAGUUCACGGCGGACGGUAACCGCCUGGUGUCCGCGGACGUCGACGGCAACGUUUUCGUCUACAUCCUCGAGGGAAUGCCGUUCCCGCCGUACAACCAGGAGCAGGUGUUGGUCGAGUCGAUCCUGAAGGCGCUGAUCACGAAGCCGACGCUGCUGCGCAACCUGCGGAAGCUUGGACCUCCAUUCUCCUCCGAAUCGAAACCUGCAGGGAGAAACGUGUAG